AUGAGUUCGUGUGUUUCUGACGCCCUGAGCUCUCCGGGAGAGGUUUCCACUCAGAGGUGGCCGCAGUCCAGCGUUUCCAUGCGGACAGGGGGCUGAGAGUGGACUGGACAAUCCCGGAGAAGAGUGGGGGGUUCUGCUGCCUCUGCACGUUGAGAGUUCCGGAGCUGUGGAGUGAUUGAGGAGUGCCCGACUUUCACAAUUACAGCAACAACCACUCGAGCUGCUGCUCUUCCGUGAGCAGCUCUCUGCAGCCUGCGUGUGUGACAGCUCCGCUCUGUCUGCAGAAUUCUCUUUACAGAUAACCUCACCAUGCCUGGCAUUUAUCACCUCAUUAUUUCAGUGGCACUCGGUGUUUUGGGGUUAUUAGGGAUCAUCCUGCUGUGUGCAACCAGCCGGGACCAGGAGCUGACUCCUCUUUACAAGUAUGGUAUUGUCAUUGAUGCUGGUUCCUCUCACACCACCCUGUUUAUUUACAAAUGGCCGGCUGGGAAAGAGAAUGACACGGGCAUCGUGACUGAGGAGGUCAAAUGUGACGUGGAAGGUCCUGGAAUCUCAAGUUAUGUAGCAGACCCGCCAGGAGCUGGAAAGAGUCUGAAACCUUGCCUUGAUCAAUCUGUGAAAACUAUUCCCUCAGGGCGACAUGCUGAGACCCCCCUCUACCUUGGCGCUACGGCUGGGAUGCGCUUGCUGAGUCUAACUGAUCCUGAGGCUACCAAUAGGAUCCUGACUUCCAUUAUUACCACCCUGAGAUCCUACAACUUUAACUACCAGGGAGCAAAGAUCCUGACAGGAAAUGAGGAGGGGGUUUUCGGAUGGAUUACAGCCAACUACCUGCAGGAGAACUUCAUAAAGUACGGAUUGUUCGGAGGGUGGAUUAAGCCAGCAAAAAGUACCGUGGGAGCAAUGGACCUAGGAGGAGCAUCCACCCAGAUCUCCUUCGUACCCACUAUACAGAAGAUAGAUGAUCCUAAAAGUGAAUUCUCUCUACGUCUAUAUGGCCAUGACUAUAAAGUGUACACUCAUAGCUACCUCUGUUAUGGGAGAGACCAGGUCAUGAAGAAAGUGUUCUCGAAAAUGAUGUUGGCCCAAGGUUACAAGAGUGACAUUAUCAACCCAUGCAUGCCAAAGGGCUACAACUUCAAUUACUCACAGGACUUUAUAUACGGCAGCUGGUGCACUGCUAAUGAGAGUGCUCCAGAUUAUUUACGUCAGAGUACUGUAACUUUCAGAGGCUCUUCAAACCCAGACGAGUGUUCUAAAGUUGUCAGCUCCAUCUUCAGCUUUACUCCAUGCACCCACAGCAACUGUGCCUUCAACAACGUAUAUCAGCCCGAGGUUACUGGCAGCUUUCUGGCCUUUGCAGCAUUCUAUUACACAUUGGAUUUCCUGAAGGACACUUUGAAUAAGAGAAUUACUUCAACCAGUGAACUGAAGGAAGCAGCUGAUAUCAUCUGUUCGAUGGACUUCAAAAAGCUGAAGGAGAUGGCACCCAAUGUGACAGAGAAAAGACUUGUGGAUUAUUGCACAACUGCUUCCUACAUUCAUAUCCUGACAACCAGAGGCUACAAAUUCAACAACGAAACAUUUAAAAAUAUCUCAUUCCAGAAAAAGGCUGGGGGCAGCACCAUCGGAUGGGCACUGGGCUACAUGCUCAAUCUCACAAACAUGAUACCAGCUGAAGAUCCUGGUACCUGGAAAGUCCAGAUGCUUGGUGCUUGGGCAGUCCUCAUUGUCAUCUGUAUCCUGGUGAUUGUAGCAGGAGUCCUGCUCUUUGUCUUGUCAUCUCGCUCAGUGAAGAAUGACUCAGUGUUGUAGUGUAUGGAGCAAUCCCUCGGCUUGAAUCUUAGUUUUACUAACUCGAGCCCACCAGUGGCACUUCUCAAUCUGACUGGAGGGUUGUAGCCCCUUACACUGUGCCACAUACUAACAGCAAGAGAUUAACAAAGCCCCUCACUCCCACCAUACUAUUCCUCACUCCCACACCUAUCCCUCACUCCCACCACAAGUACCCCUCACUCCCACCACACCUACCCCUCACUCCCACCACACCUACCCCUCACUCCCACCACAC